AUGGUGUCUGACGCGGGCAUGCGGCGUUGGCAGGUGCAUCGCGCGGCUUUGGUGCUGUGGCACACGGAAUUGAAUGAAAACCGCGUGGGACACGGAAUCCUGCAAACCAGUGUGUACAACCUCCCAGCCACUGAUAAAGGCUCCGGAAGGACGCCAAGAAAGUUUUCCAAACAACCGCAGCUGCCGGGGCAUUCGGCCCAUUGGCGCGAUGUCCCUCCAAGCUCAAGACAUAUGGAGGCACUCGGGGUAGCCAGUGGCGUCAUCGCUGUUGUGGAAUUGUCUGCAAAGGUUCUAUCGUUAUGUCUUCAGUAUUCAAAGGAGGUCAAGAACGCAGCAAACAACAUAAGCCAAUUACGCAGUCAUGUGAGCGACUUAAAACUUGCUUCAGCAAGUCUGCACCAGCUACUCAAUGGCCCAAAUGCCUCAAGGUUCAGCACUUCCCAGCAACUACAAGACGCGAUUGGUGAUAGCGUAUUGCAGCUCAGACGACUUCAUGAAAAGUUGCGCCCAAAGACAGCACGUCAAGCGCUUAGCCGAUUCGGGCUUCGCUCGCUUCGAUGGCCACUUCAAAGCAAAGAGUUGGAAAGAAUCAUGCAAAAUCUGAGGCAACAUACGCAGACUAUUUCGUUUGCGCUGCAAAUCGACAUAACAACUAUCUUGCUCACUGUGGAUCAAACUAUGGUUCUCAAUCAACUCCGCGUUGCCGAAGGCGCCUCUUUCGAUUCCUAUGCUCAAGAACACAACCGAAUCUGUCUGGCGGAUACAAGAAUUGAACUGCUCCAGCAGAUCACAGACUGGGCGAAGGACAAGAAUGCAGAGCCUAUAUUCUGGCUGAAUGGAAUGGCUGGAACAGGGAAGUCGACAAUCUCUCGUACCAUAGCACGAUCAUUUUCCGAAAACGGUCAGCUUGGCGCCUCAUUUUUUUUUAAGAAAGUAUUACAACCGCUAUUGAAAACUGCCAACGAGAAUACGCCUAUCGCUAUUAUCGUCGACGCACUAGAUGAAUGCGAACGAGACGAGGACAUUAAACUGAUUAUUCGGCUUUUCUCCCGCUUUAAAACUGAAGAGCCUUGGCGGGUACGAGCUUUCUUUACAAGCAGACCGGAAUUGCCUAUUCGAUGUGGGUUUAGGAAGAGUACAAGCGCAUACCGGGAGGUCAUUUUACAUGAGAUGCCCCAAAUUAUGGUCGAGCGGGACAUCUCCCUUUUUCUUAAGCAUGAAUUGGCGAGGAUCCGAGACGACUAUCAUGACUCAGUACCUGCGGAGCAACACCUCGACCCAGAUUGGCCAGGCCAGUCAAACGUUGACGCCCUUGCGAGGAUGGCUUUUCCACUAUUCAUUGUCGCCACCACUAUUUGCCUGUUUAUAAGCGAACGAAAGAUUGCGACACCAAAUAAACAGCUGGAGAAGGUACUUUCUCAAUCGAGAGGCGGAGUGUCACAACUAGAGCAAACGUAUCGGUCUGUCUUGGAUACUCUAGUGGAGGGUGUGUCCCCCAGAGUACGAGACGAGAUCGUGCUUGAAUUUCGCAAAGUUGUUGGGUCCAUCGUUCUUCUUGCAAGGCCUCUGUCAACAUCUACGCUGGCGAAAAUCCUCGAUGUGCCUAGAGAUGACGUUGAUAGUAGACUGGCGUUACUACACUCUGUUCUAAGUAUCCCUCAUUCAGCGGAAGCACCUGUGAGGCUACUUCAUUUGUCGUUCCGAGACUUUCUUUUGGACCCUGACGAACCUACAAUGCCCUUUCGGGUUUUCGAAAAGCAGACUCAUGAGGACUUAGCGACCGAAUGUCUGCGUAUAUUACGUUGUCUCAAGCAAGACCUCUGCCAUAUCGGAGCUCCGGGUACACCCCGCUCUGCCAUUAGCACAGAGAAGGUCAAUGAUAACUUGGCACCAGAGCUACAAUAUGCUUGUUCCCAUUGGAUCUAUCAUUUGCAACAGGCUGGAACAGAGCUUUCUGACGGCAUGGAGGCCCAUUAUUUCUUAGCGCGCCAUUUUCUACAUUGGAUAGAAGCCCUAGCGCUUUUGGGCAAGGUUAUAGAUAGCCUUGGUCUCAUCAAGACAUUGCAAUCUCAACUCAAGCCUCAGAAGAGUACAGAGUUAUCGCAGUUGCUUGACGAUGCUUCCCGAUUUCUGUGCACAUAUGUAUACGCAAUCGACUCGACGCCUCUUCAACUAUAUUCCUCCCUGCUCUUAUUUGCACCCAAGAGCAGCAAGGUAGACGACCAGUGGAACAAAUGUAUCCGGACGCUCGAAGGCCAUACCGCCUCGGUUUUGUCCGUCGUCUUCUCGCACAACUCGACAUUACUGGCAACAGCGUCCUCCGAUAAAUCGGUACGGGUCUGGCGCAGUGAUACAGGCGAAUGCGUAAAGACUCUUGAGGGCCAUGGCGACUCAGUUACGUCUGUUGCCUUUUCGCAUGACUCGAAAUUACUAGCAUCAGCAUCUGGUGAUAAAACGUCACGGGUCUGGCGAAGUGAUACAGGCGAAUGCGUAAAGACUCUUGAGGGCCAUGGCGACUCAGUGGAGUCUGUAUGUUUCUCUCACGACUCAACAUUACUGGCAACGGCGUCCUCUGAUAAAUCGGUGCGGAUCUGGCGCAGUGAUACAGGCGAAUGCGUUAAUACUCUUGAAGGCCAUAACGACCCAGUUACGUCUGUUGCCUAUUCGCAUGACUCGAAAUUACUAGCAUCAGCAUCUGGUGAUAAAACGUCACGGGUCUGGCGAAGUGAUACAGGCGAAUGCAUCCGAAUCUUUCACGGCCAUAGCGGCUGGGUCAGGUCUGUGGUCUUCUCGCAUGACUCUGCACAAGUUGUAUCAGCCUCUUCCGAUAAGUCAGCGUUUCUCGGCCAUAGCUUCUUAGUUUCUUCUGCGGCCUUUUCGCAGAACUCGACACUAGUCGCGUCGGCAUCCUCUGAUACUACGGUACGGCUCUGGGACGGUGGUCUAGGAGGCUGCAUCGAGAACUCUGACGGUCAUAGCGAAUGCGUUCUAUCUGUGGUCUUCUCGAAUGACUCAACACUUGUAGCCUCAACUUCUGUCGAUAUGACGGUACGUAUCUGGCGCGUUGACACAGGAGAAUGCAUGCGGAUUCUCCGGGGGCAUUCGCACUGGGUCUUAUCUGUUGCCUUUUCGCAUGACUCGGUUUUAGUGGCGUCAGCUUCUUGCGAUAAGACGCUGCGGAUCUGGCGUAUCGAUACGGGCGAGUGCACCCAUAUACUUAAAGGUCAUGGCGACGAUGUUCGGUCUGUUACUUUCUCACACGACUCAUCAUUACUGGCGUCAGCCUCUUAUGAUAAAACGGCGCGUAUUUGGCGCCGUGACAGAGGCGAAUGCGUUAAGAUUCUUAAGGGCCAUGGCGACUCAGUGGAGUCUCAACGGCGUCCUCCGAUAAAUCGGUACGGGUCUGGUACAGUGACACAGGAGAAUGCAGUCGCACGUUUCAAGGUCAUUCUCGCACUGUCCGGGCUAUAG